GAGGCACAUGCGGAUCCACACUGGGGAGAAGCCAUAUGUCUGUGCCGUCUGCGACAAGAGCUUCAGCCAGGCCUGCAACCUCACCCGACACCGCCGCAUGCACACAGGGGAGAGACCGUACCACUGUGCUGAGUGCGGCCAGAGCUUCAACUCCAGCCAUGCCCACAUGCAUCACCACCACACUCACAGCGGCAGGAAGUCCGACCGCUGUGCUGACUGUGGCAAGAGCUUCUCUGCGAGUUCCACCCUCCUCCAGCACCACCUCAUCCACACUGGGGAGAAGCCCUACCGCUGCACUGCCUGUGGCAAGAGCUUCAGACACGGUUCCACCCUCAGAAGGCACCUCGAUGUCCACACUGGCAAGAAGCCUUUCACCUGUACCGACUGUGGCAAGAGCUUCAGCCAGCGCUCCCUGCUGCUCUGUCAUCACCGCAUCCACACCGGCCAGAAGCCCUUCCCCUGCAGUGACUGUGGCCAGAGCUUCAAACAGAGCUCCAGUUUCACCCGGCAUUGCCGCACCCACACCGGUGAGAGGCCAUACAGCUGCGCUGAGUGUGGCAAGACCUUCGCUCAGAAGUCUGCCCUCACCCAGCACCGCAGUGCGCACAGCCCUGGGAAGUCCUUUACCUGCAGGGACUGCGGCAAGAGCUUCAAACAUAGCUCCACUCUCACCAUCCAUCGCCGCAUCCACACAGGAGAGCAUUUGUUCCCCUGUGCUGAGUGCGGCAAGAGCUUCACCACCAGCACGAGAUAUAUCCAGCACCAACUCAUCCACAGUGGUGAGAAGUCCUACAGCUGUGCCGACUGCUGGAAGAGCUUCACCGAGAGGGGAAGUCUCAACGUGCACCGUCGUGUGCACACUGGCGAGUCAUUCAGCUGUGCUGAGUGUGGCCAGGCCUUCAGACAUAGGGCCACUCUCAUUCACCAACGCAGCACCCACACCGGUGAGAAACCUUUCACCUGUUCUCACUGUGGCAAGAGCUUCAGCCACAGAGGCAAUCUCAUUGUUCACUGCCGCACCCACACAGGUGAGAAACCUUUCACCUGUGCUGACUGUGGGAAGCUCUUCAGCCAGGGGCACCAUCUCCUUUCUCACCGCCCUACCCACACCAAUGAGAAGCCGUUCAUCUGUGCUGACUGUGGGAAGAGCUUCAGCCAGAGGACCACUCUCAUUCGCCACCACCGCACCCACACUGGUGAGAAGCCUUUCACUUUUGUUGAUUGCGGUAAGAGCUUCACCCACUCCAGUCUCAUCCGGCAUUGCCGCACCCACACCGGUGAGAGGCCAUACAGCUGCGCUGUGGACUGCGGCAAGAGCUUCAAACACAGCUCCACUCUCACCGUCCAUCGCCGCAUCCACACCGGAGAGCAUUUGUUCCCCUGUGCUGAGUGCGGCAAGAGCUUCACCACGAGCACAAGAUACAUCCGGCACCAGCUCAUUCACAGUAGUGAGGAGCCCUACAGCUGUGCUGACUGCGACAAGAGCUUCACCAAGAGGGGGAACCUCAGCCUGCACCGUCGUGUGCACACUGGUGAGUCCUUCAGCUGUGCUGAGUGCGGCAAGGCAUUCAGACAUAGGGGCAUGCUCAUUCACCACCGUCGCACCCACACCGGUGAGAAGCAUUUCACCUGUGCUGACUGUGGGAGGAGCUUCAGAGACAGGAGCCAUCUCAUUGUUCACCACCGCACCCACACCGGUGAGAGACCGUUCACCUGUGCUGACUGUGGCACGAGCUUCAGACAAAGGGGCCAUCUCAUUGGUCACCGCCGCACUCACACCGGUGAGAAGCCGUUCACUUGUGCUGAUUGUGGGAAGAGCUUCAGCCACAGUGAUCAUCUCAUUUCUCACCGCCACACCCACACUGGUGAGAAGCCGUACACCUGUGCUGACUGUGGGAAGAUCUUCAGCCGCAGUGAUCAUCUCAUUGGUCACCGCCGCUCCCACACAGUUGAGAAGCCAGUCACCUGUGCUGACUGUGGCAAGAGCUUCAGCCACAGGCACAAUCUCAUUUCCCACCACCGCACCCACACCGGUGAGAAACCUUUCACCUGUGCUGACUGUGGCAAGAGCUUCAGAGACAGGGGCUCUCUCAUUGUUCACUGGCACACCCACACCGGUGAGAGACCGUUCACCUGUGCUGACUGUGGCACGAGCUUCAGACAAAGGGGCCAUCUCAUUGGUCACCACCACACCCACACUGGUGAGAAGCCGUUCACUUGUGCUGAUUGUGGGAAGAGCUUCAGCCACAGUGAUCAUCUCAUUUCUCACCGCCACACCCACACUGGUGAGAAGCCGUACACCUGUGCUGACUGUGGCAAGAGCUUCAGCCACAGGCACAAUCUCAUUUCCCACCGCCACACCCACACCGGUGAGAAACCCUUUGCUUGUGCUGAUUGCGGUAAGAGCUUCACCCAGAAGGGAUCCCUCAACAAGCACCGCUGCACCCACAGCAGAGAGUAG